AUGGCCUCUGGUGUCAACAUGAGCAAAGUGGAAGAGAUUCAGUCGCUUGAGGAUUACUCCAAGCCGUUGCUUGAGGUUAUUGAGUCUUUUGGGUCAGAGGAUAAGGCGAUCCUCGUCGGUCAUAGCCUCGGAGGGAUAUCAGUUGCUCUUGCAGCCGACAUGUUUCCUAGCAAGAUCUCUGCCGCUGUUUUUGUAACGUCUUUCAUGCCCGACAUAACGAAUCCUCCUUCUUACGUUUUCCAAAAGUUUCUCGGGAGCCUUUCAGAAGAACAAGUGUUGGAUUUCGAGCUUGGGACUUACGGGACAAAAGAUCCUCCUCUCAUGACAGCUUAUCUUGGACCUAAGUACUUAAAGAACUUGUAUCGACUCUCUCCUAUCGAAGAUUAUGAAUUGGCCAAAACCUUGGUGAGAGUUGGACCCGCGGUUAACAAUGAUCUGGCGGGGACGAAGAGCUUUACGGAGGAAGGAUAUGGAUCGGUUACUCGUGUGUAUAUCAUAUGUGGAGAAGAUAAGGGUUUAAGUGUAGAUUUCCAGCGAUGGAUUAUCGAAAACUUUCCGGUUAAAGAAGUGAUGGAGAUCGAAGAUGCAGAUCACAUGCCAAUGUUCUCAAAGCCACAAGAACUAUGCGAUUGUCUCGUCAAGAUUGCUGAUAAAUAUGCAUGA